AAAGAACAUGUACUGAAGGAAGUUCAGCAACACAGAAACAAUACUGGGUCACUUUGGAAGGUAAUUAAAGAAAAUAUAGCGUAUAGGGAAAGAGAGUCAUUGGUCUACAGUAAGGAACCGAAAUUAGUGGCCGAGGAGUUUAAUCAUUUCUUUUCCACCAUCGGUGUGAAUGCAGCAAAGAAAGCCUCAACACUAAUACAAGAUCCUAGUGUUUAUCCAGCUCGGAAUCUUUCUGACGUAAAUCGCACAGAUAACAGCUACCCUGAAGAAAAUGAUAGAUUUAGUUUCACCCCAGUCUCUUGUUCAGAAAUAAGGAACAUCAUAUUAGCUAUGCCGUCAAACAAAUCACCCGGCAAAGACAAAGUGAGUAUGCGUGUCAUCAAACACAGCCUACCGGUAAUUCUUGGGCCCCUCACCGAUAUCAUUAACUGUUCACUGUCGUCAUCUUCGUUCCCUAUAGCAUGGAAAGAGGCAGAAGUUAUCCCUUUGUUAAAGGAUGGAAACCACGAGGAAGCAUCAAAUAACCGCCCACUUUCUCUCCUUACCUUUCUUUCGAAAAUUUGUGAAAAAAGUCGCCUUGAAUCAAUUUGGUUCGUAUCUAAUGAAGAACAAAAAAUUGUCAACCCACCAGAGCGGGAACAAGAAACAUCACUCAUGCGAAACAUUGAAUCUUUUGACCGGAGAUACUAUCCUAAAGGCCAUGGAUGGGAAAUUGGUUACUGCACUGAUUCUAAUAGAUCUAUCUAA